AUGUACGAGGGCAUUAUUAGCGUCAUCAUUAUUUUGGCUGGAGCAAUUGUACUCAUCAUCGGUUUUGGCAUUUCAGGGACACACUCCAUCACAGUGACGACUUUCACCUCAACCGGGAACAUCGGGGAGGAUGGAAUCCUGAGCUGCACUUUUGAACCUGACAUCAAACUUUCUGAUAUCGUGAUACAGUGGCUAAAGGAAGGUGUUAUGGGCUUGGUCCACGAGUUCAAAGACGGCAAGGAUGACCUGUCAGAGCAGAACGAAGUGUUCAGAGGCCGGACAGCAGUGUUUGCUGAUCAAGUGAGAGUGGGCAAUGCCUCUCUGAGGCUGAAAAAUGUGCAACUCACAGAUGCUGGCACCUAUAAAUGUUACAUCAUCACUUCUAAAGGCAAGGGGAAUGCUAACCUUGAGUACAAAACGGGAGCCUUCAGCAUCCCAGAGAUCAACGUGGACUAUAAUGCCAGCUCUGAGAGCUUUCGGUGUGAGGCUCCCCGGUGGUUCCCGCAGCCCACAGUGGUCUGGACAUCCCAGGUUGACCCGAGAACCAACUUCUCGGGAGUCUCCAAUACCAGCUUCGAGCUGAACUCUGAGAACGUGACCAUGAAGGUUGUAUCUGUUCUCUACAAUGUCACAGUCAACCACACAUACUCCUGUAUGAUCGAGAACAGCAUUGCCAAAGCCACGGGGGAUAUUAAGGUGACAGACUCUGAGAUUAAAAGGCGGAGUCACCUAGAGCUGCUGGACUCAAAGGCUUCCCUGGGUGUCUCUUCUUCCUUUGCCGUCAGCUGGGCACUCCUGUCUCUCUCCUUGUACCUAAAAUAACGUGCCUUGGCCCCACAGGGACAUGCGACGGCACUGGUGCCACAGAAUCCCAGGAACCUGCAGAACUGUUUCACCACAAGAUAUGACCUAGUUUGAUAUUUCUUGGGGGAAAUGAAUUCAUGUCUAAAAGACUGGAGUGAACAUAAAAGAUCAAGAAGCAAAAAGAAGCCAAAAGCAAACCACAGAAGACUCAAUAUGAGCAAGAUAAAUCUACCCUCAAAG